GCGCACCCACUCAUCGCCAACAGCUGAUUAUUCACUCGCGAAAAAUACCUAGCAACGGUGCAUAAACAAAUGCGAAGAAAAUCUCCAGCAAUCGAUUUUUACUAAUUGCGGCCAGCGCCAAUAGCGGUUUAUUGUUUUCCCUGAAAAAGGAAUUUUCCGGAGAAUAAAUUAAUAACCGGAAAAGAUGCCGCAAGAGGACGUUAAUGCCGCUCCAGCAGCCGCCCAGCUCGAUGACGAAAUCGAAAAUGUACGUGUGGUGGUGCGAUGUCGGCCGAUGGACAAAAACGAGCUGUCCGCAGGAGCCCUGGGCGCCCUUUCCGUGGACAAAAUCAACCGAGCCAUCACGGUGAUGAAGCCCAACGCCACGGCCAAUGAGCCCCCCAAGACAUACUACUUUGACAACGUCUUCGAUGGCGGUUCGAAUCAAUUGGAUCUGUAUGUGGACACGGCUCGUCCGAUUGUGGACAAGGUCCUGGAGGGGUACAACGGCACAAUCCUUGCCUACGGACAGACUGGCACUGGAAAAACGUACACCAUGUCGGGGAAUCCCGACUCGCCACAAACAAAGGGCAUAAUCCCGAAUGCCUUUGCUCACAUAUUUGGGCACAUCGCGAAGGCCAAGGAGAAUCAGAAGUUUCUGGUGCGAGUGAGCUACAUGGAGAUCUACAACGAGGAGGUGCGCGAUCUACUGGGCAAGGACGUGGGCAAGAGUCUGGAGGUCAAGGAGCGACCGGACAUUGGUGUCUUUGUCAAGGAUCUCAGCGGUUAUGUGGUGCACAACGCCGAUGAUUUGGAGAACAUAAUGCGAUUGGGAAACAAAAACCGGGCCGUGGGUGCCACCAAAAUGAAUCAGGAGAGCUCCCGGUCGCAUGCCAUAUUCUCGAUCACCGUUGAACGGAGCGAGCUGGGUGAGGGCGGUGCCCAGCAUGUUCGAAUGGGAAAGCUGCAGCUGGUGGAUCUCGCGGGAUCGGAGAGGCAGUCAAAGACCCAAGCGAGCGGACAGCGCCUUAAGGAGGCCACUAAGAUCAAUCUUUCGCUUUCGGUGCUGGGAAAUGUUAUCAGUGCUCUGGUAGAUGGCAAGAGUACCCACAUCCCAUACAGGAACUCCAAGCUGACCCGACUGCUGCAGGACUCUUUGGGCGGAAACUCGAAAACAGUCAUGUGUGCCACCAUCAGUCCUGCGGAUAGUAACUACAUGGAGACCAUAUCCACUCUGCGGUACGCAAGUCGUGCCAAGAACAUCCAGAAUAGGAUGCACAUUAACGAGGAGCCCAAGGAUGCUCUGCUGCGACAUUUCCAGGAGGAGAUUGCUCGUCUACGCAAGCAACUGGAAGAGGGCAACAGCUUGGAAGAGGAGCCACAAAGCUCGGAGGAAGAGGAGGACACUGCCGACGAUGAACUGGAGGCUCCGCUGGAAAUCGAGCUGGAGUCCUCCACUGUACAAGUUGUGGAGAAGAAACCGAAGAAGAAGCGGGAGAAAACCGACGAGGAGAAGGAGGAGCUGGCCCAGAGGAAAAACGAACAUCAACGCGAAAUCGAGCAUGCCAAGACCGAGCAGGAGCAGCUGCGAAACAAGCUGGUUUCGCUGGAGGGAAAAAUCCUUGUGGGUGGCGAGAAUCUUCUGGAAAAGGCACAAACCCAGGAAAAGUUGCUGGAGCAGUCCAUUGCCGAGCUGGAGGAGCGAGAAAAAUCUGAGGAGGCCCUCAAGCAAACGCUGCAACAAAAGGCCACCGAGAGGAUUGACAUCGAGGAGCGCUACUCCAGCCUCCAAGAUGCCAGCACCGGGAUAACCAAGAAGAUCCACCGAGUGAUGCAGAUGCUCAUGGGUGUGAAAUCGGAGCUGGCCGACCAGCAGCAGGAGCACCAGCGCGAGAAGGAGGGCAUCUACGAGAACAUCCGAAGCCUCUCCAGGGAGCUGGCUCUGUGCGAACUAGUCCUGAACUCCUACGUGCCCAAGGAGUACCAGUCAAUGAUCAAUCAGUAUACCCACUGGAACGAGGAUAUCGGCGAGUGGCAGCUCAAGUGUGUGGCCUACACUGGGAAUAAUAUGCGGAAGCAUAUUUCCGCCCACAAGACGAGCGGAAAGGAGCCCGACUUUGUGGACUUAUCGCACGUAUAUCUCAGCUACAACACCGACGGGGUAUCGAAUCCCUUGAGGACCAAGUCCGCCCGACCCAGAACCUCGGGAGUACCCCGACCGACAACCGCCCGGCGCUACUGAAUCGACUGCCGUCCGUUGGGACUGCGUUUCCAGUUUUGGUUUCUUCUGCUGCUAAUUCCGCUCUUCUACGGCCUCAAGUUCUUUUGUAAAUUUCAGUUUUAUAGACUUAAUUUUUGUUGAUUUAUUGUUUAGGUUGUAACUUAAGGUUGAACGAACGGUGCAAUACUUCAACUGUGUUUUUAUUUUUAGUUUAUCUUUAAUUUUUAAAA